UGCUCACUUUCAUUCUGCAAAAAAUGGACAACUCUCCCCCCAAGAAGAAAAAGAAAAAACAGCGAAGUUACAGUGUCCGCAAGAAGCGGGACGCUGUCCGGCGGAUACAGGAGGUCGGAGUGGAGGAGGUGGCCCGGGAGCUGCAGUGCGUUCGCGGCACCGCCCACGGGUGGUGUCAACAGGCUGACAAACUGCUCAGCUUCACUGGCCACGCCACCUCCAAGACGAUGAAGAGAAAGGGACGUAAGGAAUUAUUUCCUGACGUCGCUGUCAUCGUCACCUUCAUGAAGGUCAAGCAUCGUGCUGAGUUGGUAAGUAGCAACGUUUGUAAAUUUUAUUAUAUUUUGCUAAAUUUAUCGGGCCUUCGUGUCAUUAGGCUCUUACUACGCGAGGAAUUAUGGAGUACAUGUGGAAAAUUGAGCCUGAUUGGGUAACCAACGACAUGGUCGACAAGCGGAGCAGACUACCCGCGCUGCAACGUGUGGGCGAACGUCUCGCUACCCGCCAUGGGUUUACAUCUCAGUAGCCCCAAACGGCAAAGAAGAGCACGGAAGACCUCGAGCAAACUCGCGCUGAGUUUGCCUCCUUCUUCUCGACAACUUUGAGUGCAUGCGUCCGAGGCCGAAAAGCGGAUCGUAGCUGAAGAAGCUAACGCCAUGGUGAUCCCACUUCCUCCAAAUAGAACCGCUGCGUGCCAGCCACUGGAUGUUGGGGUUAUGGACCCCUAAAAGCCAAAAUGCGGACCAACUGGUCUGGUAUUACUGGGGGCACGGCUAAACAAAAGCACAUCUGUGCAAUUCGCGCAACAAUUGCUACUUGGGAUGACAUUGCUGAGGAGACAGUAAUUCGUAGCUUUGAUAAGGCAAUUCCUCAGCAUCCUGAUAUUAGCAUUUAAAAAAUAACUAUUUUUUGCAGAAC